AUGGGUAUCGAUUUGCGUGUGAUUGAUGCUGAGGGUGGUGGACAAAAAAAGGGUAAAAGUAAGAAAUGGAAAAACUAUUUACAAUUUCCACACUAUUCGGAAUGUUUGUAUUUACGUUCAGAAAUUGAUUUAAGACCAGUCGAUAAGCACACGUUUCGUCUUUAUCGUGUUCUCGGUAAAGGUGGAUUCGGUGAAGUUUGUGCUUGUCAGGUUCGUGCUUCUGGUAAGAUGUACGCGUUGAAAAAACUGGAAAAGAAACGAGUGAAGAAGAGACAUGCCGAAACGUUGAGUUUGAAUGAAAAACAAAUAUUACAAAAAAUUAAUUCGCCUUUUGUUGUGAGUCUGGCAUAUGCAUAUGAGACCAAAGAUGCACUUUGUCUAGUAUUAACGCUAAUGAAUGGAGGUGAUCUGAAGUUUCAUUUGUACAAUCUGAUGCCUGGUGGUUUCGAAGAGAAACGUGUUCAGUUCUAUGCUGCUGAAAUAACACUCGGUCUACAACAUUUGCAUGCUGAACGAAUUUUAUAUCGAGAUUUGAAACCCGAAAAUAUUCUUCUUGAUGAUUAUGGUCAUGUACGAAUAUCAGAUCUUGGAUUAGCAGUGGAACUGAAGGAUAAUGAGCCAAUUAGAGGUCGAGUGGGCACUGUCGGAUAUAUGGCGCCAGAAAUAGUAAAAAACGAACGAUAUUCAUAUGGUGUUGAUUGGUGGGGUGUUGGUUGUUUGAUAUAUGAGAUGAUCGAAGGAAAGGCUCCAUUCCGUCAGCGGAAAGAAAAAGUGAAACGUGAAGAGGUUGAAAGAAGGGUGCGUGAGGAUCAAGAAAAAUAUUCGGAUAAGUUCAGUGAAGCCGCGAGAACAUUAUGCAGAGGCUUAUUACAUAAAGAACCAAGCUUUCGACUUGGUUGUAGACGUGUUGGAAGACCAGAAGAUGGUGCUGAUGAAAUGAAAGCUCACCCAUUCUUCACUCAUGGUGAUCCCAGUACUGGUCGUGAACCAAUACCGUGGAAGAAAAUGGAGGCUGGGAAGUUAAUUCCUCCGUUUUGUCCAGAUCCUCGAGCUGUGUACGCGAAAGAUGUGUUGGAUAUAGAACAGUUCAGUACAGUGAAAGGUGUACGGUUAGACGCCUCUGACAAUCAGUUUUAUAAUAAAUUCAAUACUGGUCGUGUUUCGAUACCAUGGCAAAAUGAGAUGAUUGAAACCGAGUGUUUUCAAGAACUGAACGUAAUGGAAGUGAAUGGUGUGUUAGUGCAAGAUUUAAGAUCAGAGCUACCUGGAAAUUGUAUUGGUGAAGGUUCCAGUACAAUUGUAUCGAAUGGGAAAGGUGGCUUCUUCGCAAGAUUCUUCAAGAAAAGGUCACAUUCAUAA